AUGAAGAUAUUUGAUGAUCAACCCCAACCGGAGCAAAUUAAUAAACCAGGGAUACAAUUACCCAAUCCGAUACAAUAUUCCAAACAAAAGCAAAAUUCUCACAAUAAUGUGUCGAUAAAACUGAAACAAGGCAAGAAGAACUUGGCUUCGUUCCCACGGCAGCAUCUUCAUCUGAUUAAUAGUAAAGACCAAGACCGUGUUGAUUUGCGUUUGAAAAGCAGCAGGAGAAGGGCGGUUUACAAUUAUAAGAUGCAAUGGAUAAUCAGAUUUCCAGGUUUUGUAUCCGCUACAAUGGUCAUGAUUGUUGUAGCUCCUUGUCUCCAAUCUUUUCAUCCUGCUGAAGCCAUAAGAUCUUCUCAUACUCAUAUUGACGGACCCAUUCGUCUCCCCGGUGGUCAUAAUCCAGGCAGCGUAUCCUCCUUUCGUAGAGCUUCUACUUUCCGUAAUGCCGCCGGAUGUGAACCAAAGAAAGGAUCAGGGAAUGUAUGCGAUCCGUCUCUGGUGCACGUUGCAAUUACUCUGGAUUUCGAGUAUUUAAGAGGUUCAAUUGCUGCGGUUCAUUCGAUAUUGCAACACUCGUCAUGCCCGGAGAGUAUUUUCUUCCACUUUUUGGUUUCGGAUACGGGUCUGAAAACCCUAGUUGGGUCAACUUUCCCGGAAUUGAAGUUUAAGGUGUACUAUUUUGAGCCGGAGAUUGUUCGGAAAUUAAUCUCAACAUCGGUGAGGCAGGCGUUGGAGCAGCCGUUAAAUUACGCGAGGAAUUACUUGGCGGAUAUAUUGGAGGCGUGUGUUGGGAGGGUGAUCUAUUUGGACUCGGAUGUCGUGGUGGUUGAUGACGUGUCGAAGCUUUGGAAUACAAGCUUAGGAGAGAAAACCAUCGGGGCACCUGAAUAUUGUCACGCCAACUUCACAAAAUAUUUCACCGCCGGUUUCUGGUCCAACAGCCAGUAUGCUAGCAUUUUCCAGGACAGGAAUCCGAAGCCUUGUUACUUUAACACGGGAGUCAUGGUAAUCGAUCUGGGUAAAUGGAGGCACUCCGGCUACACCAAAAGGAUCGAGAGGUGGAUGGAGAUCCAGAAGAACCAUCGGAUAUAUGAGCUUGGAUCGUUGCCGCCGUUCCUGUUGGUUUUUGCUGGAGACGUGGCUCCGAUAGAUCAUGGCUGGAACCAACACGGCUUGGGCGGGGAUAACGUCAAGGGUACCUGCCGUGACCUGCACCCUGGUCCGAUGCCCUAUGGGCUCCAUACGAUCUCUACGGAUACUAGCCGCCGUCAAUCUCAUUUUAUCCCCUCCCCUCCGCCGGUUGCUCAUGUGGAGUGCAUUGGUGGGUUUGGUAUAUUGUGGUCAUUACUCUGUUGUCUGUUGAUAAGAAUCUCCUGUGAAAAUUCCAAAAAUGCUGAAGGUGGUGUGAAAAAAGGAGAACAUUUCCCUCCAAUCCCCCUUCUUUCACACACAAAGGAAGAGGAAGAGGAGAAGAGGUGA